AUGGCCAACACCAAUCAGGAAAGCAACGAACUCCAGCGAGCACCAAGCCAGCAUGUAGGCCCAGACUACAAGACAUCCGACGAGAAACCCGAGGCCACGGUGUCAACUACAAUCGAGCAGAAGAAUGUGGUCAUCCUCCCACAGACACCGCAGCUCAUAGCACUCCUCACCAUGAUCCGAGACAAGAACACCAGCCGCGCAGACUUCAUCUUCUACAGCAACCGCAUCAACCGCCUGCUCGUCGAAGAAGCUCUCAACCACCUGCCCGUGCACCCGCACACCAUCACCACGCCCGUGGGACGCACGUAUGCCGGCGUUAAGUUCGAAGGCAAGAUCUGUGGCGUCUCCAUUAUGCGUGCUGGUGAGGCCAUGGAGCAGGCGUUGCGGGAGUGCUGUAGGAGUGUCAGGAUUGGCAAGAUUCUAAUUCAGAGGGAUGAGGAGACGAGUAAGCCUAGGUUGUUUUAUGACAAAUUGCCGGAGGAUGUCAAGGAUCGGUGGGUGUUGCUUUUGGAUCCCAUGUUGGCGACUGGUGGCUCGGCGCUCAUGGCUGUGGACGUCCUUCGCUCGAAAGGCGUUCCAGAAGAACGGAUACUCUUCCUCAAUCUCAUCGCCUCUCCGGAGGGUGCAGCGAACUUCUCCAAGAAGUAUCCAAAAUUACGGAUUGUCACGGCGUUCGUGGACCAGGGUCUGGAUGAGAAGAACUACAUUGUCCCAGGGCUGGGAGACUUUGGUGAUCGGUUUUACACUCUAUGA